AUGUCUUUGCAAGGUAUUGAGUUUGAAGAAACAACCCAAUGGUCAGUAAGGGUUAAGGAGUUCUUCAUUCGUCUAAUGGUGAAUGAGGUAAGUAUGGACAACUUAAAUAGUUCGACAUUCCAUCCAAAGAUAUGGAAAAAAUUUGAGACUGAGAUAACCCAACAAAUGAGUCAUCCUUACGCCAUUGCAAAUCUUAAAGAGCAGUACAAUAGAUUGAGAACCAGAUUCCGUUUGUUCCGUAUGCUUCUUGAAACUAUUGGAUUUGGUUGGAACCCUGAACCAAACACUGUCACGACUGAGGAAGCUAUGUGGCAACGGUAUCUCAUGGCUAAUCUACAAACGAAAUGUUUUCACAAGAAAGGGUGUGAUCACUUCAACUUGUUGGGAUUUAAUUUCCAAAAAUCUACAGCGGCAGAUACUUUAGCUCGUGCUUCAACCCAAAUCCCACCCACUUCUAAUGAAAAAAGAGAGCUGGAAAAGGAAUUCUUGAAAGAUAGUUCUAGUAUUAAAAGACCAUUUGUCAAUCUUGACGGUGGUGACGAUUUUGAAGGCCCAUUUGAACGACCACAUAAAAAGAUUGUAAGCACUUUAUCACAUGGUACACAUAAGGACAUUAAAAGCUCCAAGAUGGACAGAGCCCUUGAUGCAUGGAAUGCAUACUCACUUGAGAGGUUGGACAAAUACAAGCGUUUUGGUGACGAUGAUCUUGGAGAUGACCCUUCUCACAUUGAUACUUGCAUGGAUGUGUUGGAGUCAAUGGAGGACAUUGAGGCUAAGCAAUAUUUUCAUGUUUGUGAGAAAUUCAAGGACCCUGAGUGGCGUCGAAUGUUUAUUAAGAUGUCUGCAAUACGUAGGAGUCAAUGGGUUAAGUCCCUUGCUUGAAUCCCUAUGGUAGUCCCAAUGACUUUAGAUUUACUUCUUGUAAUAUAACUUUAAUGUGUUGAGAUUUGUAUGCUUUGGAAAGGUACCAUGUGGGCAUAGAUGUCCAACUUUGACUUAUUAUAAUGUUGUUGAGUGGUGAGU